GGGGGUCCAUGGCUUUAUGGUAUUUGCAUGAAGGGGGUCCUCAAGGAAAGUAGGUUGGGAACCACUGAGAUUAAGUAGCUCUCCAUCAUGGUUGGGCAAACGAGGGGUCCCCAAACAGCAUCUUGCACAGGGACUCCACAGAGCUAGGAACGGCCCUGCCAAAUACAUAAACUAAAAAUAAUUAAACUGUUUAUUCCUUAGUAUAUGCCACGUCUUCACAGAGGUGUAAUGUUAGGAACAAUCAAACAGCUUUCUGCUUUGAUAUGAGCUGAAAAGAGUUACUGUUGGGAUAUCUGAGCACAAGCUGACACCGCAUGUCCCUGCUGGCCACCUGGUCGGUGUGAUGCGGCAGGUUUCCUCUCUCUCUCUGCGGCUCUGUGCCUCCGCCAGGAAGCAGAGCUCCGCCUCGGAUGCUGCUGCUGUUGUUUAUCUGAUUACCUCGAUACAAGAGCUGCGUCCCUUAAAGCGACACCCCGGCUUCAUUAAUUAGCCUGCGCUACCGGAGAGAGAAAGGAGAGGAGGAGAUAGACGCCCAGGAUGCAGAUGAGGAGAGGGAGCCGCAUCCAUCUUCUCUCCGCCGGAUGCUGCGCGUCGCAGCCUCGUUUCUGCACCUUGCGGUUAUGAAACCGGCUGUAAUCUGACUCUUUAACGUCUACAGAAAAAAAAAACCUCCAUGACCUCCCCUCUUCUCUAUUUUCGCUUUCCAAUCUGGAAUACAUGGGACUGUCAGUGCGUCACAUUUGUUUCCUUUGCUGUCUUUUUCUCAGAUAAAUCGUCACAUCUCCGCCACACCGGUGAUUAAAUCGGCAGGAAAAGUGCGACCUCCCUCUUACCACUCCUCCUCAAGAAGAAUUUGUCUGCUUCAUGACCACUAGGCCUGCUAAAAGCGUAAAAAAUCCGUGCUUCCUCUCUGCGGCCUCUUGCUUACCCCACUCCUGCUUCUAGUCGCAGCACUUGCUCCUUCCUCUCACGUGGAGCUCUGAAUUCUGCGCCCGCGUCUCCGUCUCGUUUUGUCGCUGAUGCGGUGCGCCUCGGUGCUCGCUCUCCCCUCAACCUGGCCGGUCACUGUGAUGAUCCGGGGGGGCAGCUGCCCGCAGAGAGGCAGGAUGGUGCGGAUCGCCAGCGCGCUGGGACUCAUCAUAUUCAGUGUGGCACUGCUCAUCCUGUCGCUCAUCAGCUACGUGUCCAUCAAGAAGGACUUCCUGCUCGGCACCCCCAGAUAUGGACCCAAUGGAGGACCCAGGAUGUACAUGUUUCAUGCAGGUUUUCGCUCCCAGACGGCGAUGAAACAUCUGGAUCCAGCUAUUACUUCUCUCACCAACGUUCUCAGCGAGGACCUGCAGAACUCCUCUAAAUGGAGUUACAACAGCACUGCUUUUAUACAGCUGAGGAAGGAGAUAUCUCAAUACAUCGACGUCCCCCACAACUUCACGCUGAUUCGAGACACUGUUAGAGUCGGACAGCUGAUGCACUACGACUACUCCAGUCACAAAUACGUCUACUCCAUCGGUGAGAACUUCCACUCACUCCUACCUGAGGUCUCGCCGAUCCUCAACAAACACUACAACGUCUGCGCUGUGAUUGGCAACAGUGGCAUCCUUACCGGCUCGCACUGCGGUGCGCAGAUUGAGAAAUUUGACUUUGUUUUCCGCUGCAACUUUGCACCAACAGAGGUCUUCAAGAAGGACGUUGGGCGUCGAACCAACAUGACUACCUUUAACCCUAGUAUCCUGGAGAAAUACUACAAUAAUUUACUGACUGUUCAGGACAGGAAUAACUUCUUCCUGAGCCUGAAGAAGCUGGAUGGUGCCAUCCUUUGGAUCCCAGCAUUUUUCUUCCACACAUCAGCCACGGUGACGAGAACGCUGGUGGAUUUCUUCGUGGAACAUCGAGGGAAGCUGAAGGUCCAGCUGGCUUGGCCAGGGAACAUCAUGCAAUAUAUCAACAACUACUGGAAAACCAAGCAGUUGUCGCCGAAGCGCCUGAGCACUGGGAUCCUGAUGUACACGCUGGCGUCCUCCAUGUGCGACCAAAUUCACCUCUACGGCUUCUGGCCCUUCGGCUGGGACCCGAACACAGGUAAGGAGCUGCCCUACCACUACUACGACAAGAAGGGCACCAAGUUCACCACCAAAUGGCAGGAGUCCCAUCAGCUGCCUGCUGAGUUCAAACUCCUCUACAAGAUGCACUCGGAGGGACUGCUGAAGCUGACCCUCUCCCACUGUGCUUAGGGCUAUCGCUGCAUAGCUGCUCAUUCAGAUUCAGCUAUCCAGCACUUUCACGGCCUGGAAUUACUGACAGGAAAAGACAGGAAAGAAGAAUUCAUGCAGUCUUAGUAAAAGCAACAUCCUGACUGCAAGGCUGAGUGGGUCAACUCACGAAACCAGAGCAAAGACUGAUGCUGUGAACUGCAGCAGCCCGAGGAGACAGGAGGACCUUUAUUUUCUACUUAAAGAGAUUUUCAUGUUGGACAGCACUGCUGCUGAGGGUUAUUGGAGUGGACUUUAAGACAAAACUUUGAUUUCUUUCACGCCUUAUUCUGCCCUCACUUCACAUAGCCCAACAUAUACUUUUCAGGAAAUUCCGUAUUUAAAACAGGAGCUGGUUGGUCUGUGUACUUCCAGGUUUUCCUUUUGAAUGAAAAAACUAAAAAAAACAAACUUGUUUUUCCUGUUUUUGUUCUGAAACCAAACUAAAAAAAUCGGAUAAUUAACUUUUUUUUUUCUUAAUUUGAAAAGUCACGUGACCCAGAACUUUUGUUUAUUUUGUGUAAACCUUGGAUCAGUGUGUGUUUUGG